AUGGCCGGUCUUCCUCCUGUCUACAUCGUCUCUGCCGCGAGAACUCCGGUCGGCAGCUUCCUGGGCAGUCUCUCCAGCCUCAGCGCUACGCAAUUGGGUUCGCACGCCAUCAAGUCCGCCGUCGAGCGUGUCCCCCAGAUCAAGCCCGAAGAUGUGGAGGAGGUCUUUUUUGGCAAUGUCUUGUCGGCCAAUCUCGGCCAGGCUCCUGCUCGGCAGUGCGCCAUCGGCGCUGGCCUCUCGGAGGCUACCGUCUGCACAACGAUUAACAAGGUGUGCGCCUCGGGCAUGAAGGCCAUCAUUCUCGGUGCCCAAACCAUUAUGACGGGCAACGCGUCGAUCGUCGUGGCCGGCGGCACCGAGAGCAUGUCCAACACACCACACUACCUCCCGAAUCUGCGCACCGGCGCCAAGUACGGUGACGCUUCGCUCGUUGACGGCGUGCAAAAGGACGGCCUCCGAGACGCCUACGGCAAGCAAGAGCUCAUGGGCAUGCAGGGCGAGCUCUGCAGCCAAGAGCACGGCCUGACUCGCGAGAUGCAGGACGAGUACGCGAUCAGCACAUACAAGAAGGCUCAGGCAGCUACCGAGGCCGGACUGUUCACCGAGAUUGCGCCCAUCGAGGUCAGCGGCGGCCGAGGCAAGCCGCCCGUCAAGGUUGAUCGGGACGAGGAGGUCAAAAACUUGAACGAGGACAAGCUUAAGACUGUCCGUCCCGUAUUCAUCCCCAACGGUGGCACAGUUACUGCUGCGAACGCCGCUCCCAUCAACGACGGGGCCGCCGCCGUCGUGCUCGUUUCAGAGGCCAAGCUCAAGGAGCUCGGCAUCAAGCCCCUGGCCAAAAUCCUCGGCUGGGCCGAUGCGGCACGGGAUCCCCCGCGCUUCACCAUCGCGCCGGCGCUGGCAAUUCCUAAGGCCAUCAAGCACGCCGGCCUGACGGAGAACGACGUCGACUACUAUGAGAUCAACGAGGCUUUCUCGGUGGUGGCCUUGGCCAACAUCAAGCUGUUGAACCUCAACCCCGAGAAGGUCAACGUGUUCGGCGGCUCCGUCGCCAUCGGCCACCCCCUGGGUGCAUCAGGUGCUCGUAUCGUCACCACGCUGACGUCGGUGCUGCGCGAGAAGAAGGGCAAGAUUGGCGUGGCCGGCAUUUGCAACGGUGGCGGCGGCGCGUCCGCGUUGGUCAUCGAGAACCUGCAGUGA